AUGAUUCUCUUACAAUUCUUAAGUUUAUCAGUUAAUAUAUUAUGUCUCGUACAAAAAUUACCACAAAUUAUCGGUCUUUAUAAAACAAAAAAUGUUAAUAGUAUAUCAAUAUCAUCUGUAUUACUCGAAGAAAUGGGCUAUACAAUAGUUUUAGCUUAUAAUCUUUGGAAACAUUAUCCAUUAUCAACAUUUUUUGAAUAUGUCGUUCUUUUCAUACAAGAUAUACUUCUUUUAUUUGCAAUAGCAAAAUAUUCAAUAAAUGAAAAAGACAAACGAACUACUAAUCGAUCAAAACCUUUAUAUGGAAUAUUAAUUUUUUGUCUUUAUCUAUUAGCAAGUCUCUUGGGUUUAGUGCCGAAAGUAUGGAUGAAUAUUUGUACGUUAUUUGUUAUUCCAAUUAGUGCAUCAUCAAAAAUACUUCAACUUAGAACAAUCAUUUCAAAUAAAAAUGCUGGACAAGUUAGUAAAAUUGGUUGGGCAAUUGCUGCAUAUGGUAGUUUUGCUCGAAUAAUUACAAAUCUUUAUGAAACAAACGAUAUGAAUAUGGUUAUAAAUUUAUUAAUUAGUUUUAUUCUUAAUACUUCGGUUGUUAUUGUUUGCAUGAUUUAUAGCAAAGGAUCUGUACCAAAAUUGACAAAUGAAAAUAGGAAAAAGACAACAUAA